ACAACAAGACAUUAUCAGAUCAACUAGAACAAUUUAUUGUUGAAGUUAUUAACUUGCUUGAUAAACAUCAAUUCAAAAGUUUAUAUAGAACACUUGAUGGCCAUAUGAAAUCACUUGUCAAUAAUGGUGAUAAAAAUCGUAAGCAAUCUAGUCUAUUAGAGAUUAACAAAAUUAAGUUUAUACUUAAUUUAUCUGCUGUGGCUGUUGAUAAUCCGAAGGCCUUAUACAAAGAGUUUGGAUCUGGGAUCAAAGAUCUAUAUGCCGAAUUUGAAAAAAGUUUAAUACCACCUGAUAUUCCAGGAAAUGCUUAUACAUCAUAUUUAACAUCAAAAUUGAGAAAAGAAUUACAUGACACUAUGAUGAAAAGCAUUUGUAAAGAUGCUAAACUAGAUUUUAAAG